UGGAUGUAGUAACGGGCGAUCUGUCGCUUUCCCUUAUCUUUUUUUUAAUAAUACUUUUAUGUUAAUGUCACAAAAGUGUUUACUGUUAUUCCACUUUUUAGAUACACGAGACUAUACAAAAAGCAUCCGCUGUUAUAUUGUAUUUAUUUUGCAACGUUAACAAAAAGUAAACGAAUGAUAAAGCGCUUCUGGGAAAUGUAGUUUAAAAAAAACAACGUUCAUUUUAUACAAAUAUCACAACGGUGUAUACUGUUAUUCAACUGUUUGGAUAUACGAGACGACACAAAAGUAUCCACAGUUCUUUAAUUUUUUAAAUGUUUUAUGUUAACAAACGUUAAGGCGCUUCUGGGAAAUGUAGUUCGUAUCCCUCGUAGCGCCGUCACAGCCCCGCGUCACCAUUCGGCCAUGUAGCUAGCUAGCAACACCUCGCAACGGAGAGAGCUUGCAGGGAUGGCGUGCGAGACGAGCGAAGAGGACGUUGUUUCGGAGUACCUGGGCCAGAACCCGCAGCUGGAGCGGUGGGUCGACACCCUGAGGACCCGCUGCGAGAGCAACAAGCAGUGGGUGGCUCGGAGGGAGUUCAUCCUCAGGAACAUGGAGGCUUUCCCCGCAGUGGAGCCCGGGGUGCCCAGCAGCAGCCUGGACAAGCUGCUCUCCCUGUCUAUGGUCUGGGCCAAUCACGUGUUCCUGGGCUGCAGCUACCCACAGGCUGUGAUGGACAAGGUCAAGGAGAUGGGCGAUGGGAUCGUGGUCAUCGAUGCCCCGGUUCACAAAACCACAAAAGAUGGACUCCUGGCCCGAGGGAAGCGGAGCGCCACGGCUGAGGGCGACGCCGACGGCGCUGUGAAAAGAGCCAAAUUUGGAUCUAACGAGCUCGACGGUCGAGCGGCUUCGUGGCCGGCGAGUCAGAAAUCGGGACCUCGGCCCCAGGCGCCGGCGCAGCGCCAGCCCUUCUUCAACCGCCUCUACAAGGCCGUGGCCUGGAAGCUGGUGUCGGCGGGCGGCUUCGGCCCCAACUUGGACCAUUUUGAAAUCCUCCGCAGCUGCGUGGAGUCGUGCAAAGAGACCCUGACCAGCGUGUUCGUGCCGCUGAAGGACAUCGCCGGCCUCCCCGCCGGUCGCACGCAGAAGGAGGGCCACGUGUGCGAGAUCCGCUGUCAGACUGUGUACAUGGGGACCGGGUACGGCCGGGACGAGUCCGCCGCCCGGGCCAUGGCGUCCAAAGAGGCCCUGAAGGUCUUUCAGGGGCGGAAAGUGUCGGUGAAGAUCUGCAGGCGGAGGUUCAAAGGGAAGGACGUGGAGGAUUUGAUGCUGUUGGACGAGCAGCCUCGGAGUCAGGGCUUCCCGCCCGCCAUCAGCUACCCCUUCGAGGCCGAGAAGCCGGAAGGCGGGUCCUCGUAGACCCUGGCCGGAAGGCGGGUCCUCGUAGACCCUGGCCGGAAGGCGGGUCUUCGUAGACCCUGGCCGGAAGGCGGGUCCUCGUAGACCCUAGCUGGAAGGCGGGUCCUCGUAGACCCUGGCUGGAAGGCGGGUCCUCGUAGACCCUAGCUGGAAGGCGGGUCCUCGUAGACCCUGGCUGGAAGGCGGGUCCUCGUAGACCCUGGCUGGAAGGUGGGUCCUCGUAGACCCGGCCGGAAGGCGUUCUCCCACAACACUUUGGUAUCGCAGGGCAGCCGGAGCACCCAGAAGGAACCGUCUGGACUACAUUCACAACCGCUUUCAGUUUUAUUGACAGUGUGUGGAGCAGGCGGCCGUCAUUCAGGAGUCGAACGGCCGUAAACUGAAAAAAAGAAAAUAAAAGAAAGCUCGACCGACAGAAGAGUUUAAAAGAGGAUUAAAGUGCGUCUCAGAAUACGUUGGGAGGAGCCGGUUCAUCCGUUUCUCCCUUUUUGGUCCAAACCAACGGACUUGCUGUUGUUUUCUGACGCGGACGAACCGAUAACUCGUCUUUUUUACAGUUUUGAUGACCUGUCACUUUGUUAGGGUCCAGAUUUUGGCAUCACGAUGCAAAAAAAAACAGAAUACUUUUUAUAAUUCUGAGUUACUUUAGUGUUCAUACCGGUUAACAUUGAGAAAUAUGAGGAACAAGUCCUGACGUUGUUUUUGUUUAUUUUUUCAACUCAAUUUACUUUUCUUUCUUUAAUCAAAUGACCCCGUUGACCUUUUUUUUUUUUUUUUUUUGGAAUCGUUUCAUCGUCGUUUCUACUGACUCAAAGUUUCUUUAAUCAAAGUAUUCCUUCAAAGAAUUGACUUACUUAUUAUUUUUAUUACAGGAUGUUUAAAGAUGCCAAUUACAGUUCUACUGCUUUUAUUUUAUUUCAUGGUUUAUCAUCACUGAUUUAAAAAAAAAAAGAAAGACUGAGACCCACAAUGUUGAGAAGUAUCCAGAGAAUCCCUCAGUUUGAUGGCUUCACGUGCACGGCUUCACGUGCACGGCUACGUGUUUGAGGGUAAAGUGCUGCUGCGACGGGUGAUUUAUUUGAGUUUGGUUCCUUUUCUUUUUCUGUUCCAGUUUGGGUUGAAGGUGAACAGGGUUCCCCGCAGGGUUCCUGUACGUUUACACCAGUGGUUCUGUUUCUAAAUAUAUUUUUAAAUAAACAAGAUAAUUUAACCGAGUAAAGUUUUA